AUGGCGGAUGCGAUCCUAGUUGCCAGCCCUGGCCGUUGCUGUCUUCUGCUGCUGCUGCUGCUGAUUGUUGCUGCUUCGUCCAUUUCGCUAGCAAGUGCAAAGACUCACUACCAUGAUUUUGUGAUUCAACCAACACGAGUGAAGAGGCUAUGCAAGACCCACAACGCAAUCACAGUUAACGGGAUGUUCCCUGGACCGACGUUGGAAGUGAACAAUGGCGACACCCUUGUUGUUAACGUUGUCAACCAAAUCAAAUACAACAUCACCAUCCAUUGGCAUGGAGUUAGACAAAUGAGGACAGCUUGGGCGGAUGGUCCAGAAUUUGUAACACAAUGUCCGGUCAAACCUGGAAGUAGCUACACGUAUAAGUUCACCAUUGAGGGUCAAGAAGGGACAUUGUGGUGGCAUGCUCACAGUACAUGGCUUAGGGCAACUGUCUAUGGUGCCAUACUCAUAUACCCUAAGGAAGGGUCGUCCUACCCUUUCCCUAAACCAAGGAGGGAGACACCAAUUCUUCUUGGGGAAUGGUGGGAUGCGAAUCCUAUUGAUGUGUUGAGGGAGUCAAUUAGAACCGGCGGAGCUCCAAAUAUUUCGGAUGCGUAUACCAUUAACGGUCAACCUGGUGAUCUUUAUAACUGUUCCAGUAAAGAAACUGCAAUCAUCCCAAUUGACGCCGGCGAGACGAACCUGCUCCGUGUAAUCAACGCUGCGCUCAACCAACCGCUCUUCUUCACAAUCGCCAACCACCCUUUCACGGUGGUCGGAGCAGACGCCUCCUACGUCAAGCCAUUCACCACCACCGUCAUCAUGCUCGGCCCGGGCCAAACCACCGACGUCCUGAUCGCCGGCAACCAAAUCCCGUCCCGGUACUACAUCGCCGCCACCGCCUACCAGAGCGCCCAAAACGCCGCCUUCGACAACUCCACCGCCACCGCCAUCCUCGAAUACAAAGCCGCCCCCUGCCCGGCCAAGAAACAGAGCAACCCGAUCAUGCCAAUCUUGCCGGCGUUCAACGACACCGCCGCCGUCACCGCCUUCUCCGCCAGCUUCCGGAGCCUCAAGGAGGUCAACAUACCGAAGGAAAUCGACGAGGACCUCUUCGUCACCGUCGGAUUGGGCCUCAACGACUGCCCCCCUGAAUUCGGGUCGGAUCGGUGCCAGGGCCCGAACGGGACCCGAUUCACUUCGAGCAUGAACAACGUGUCGUUCGUCCUCCCGCAAACGACGUCGUUGCUGCAAGCUUACCAGACCGACACCCCGGGGGUUUUCACCACCGAUUUCCCGGACCGGCCGCCGGUCCGGUUCGAUUACACGGGGAAUGUGGACCGGUCGCUCUGGCAGCCGAUUCAGGGGACGAAAGUUUAUAGAUUGGAAUAUGGGUCUAGAGUACAAGUUGUGUUGCAGGAUACAAGCAUUGUGACGGCGGAGAAUCACCCGAUUCAUCUCCAUGGGUACGAUUUCUACAUCUUGGCUGAAGGGUUUGGGAAUUUUGAUCCGGAUGUUGAUACCGGGAAGUUCAAUUUGGUUGAUCCGCCGUUGAGGAACACCGCCGCCGUGCCGGCCGGCGGGUGGGCGGUGAUAAGAUUUGUGGCGGAUAAUCCUGGGAUGUGGAUAAUGCAUUGUCAUUUGGAUGUUCAUAUUUCGUGGGGAUUGGCGAUGGCGUUCUUGGUGGAGGAUGGGAACGAGGUGAUGCAGACACUUGAGGCGCCUCCACUUGAUCUCCCAGUUUGUUGA